AUGCCGCAGGCGACGCUCGAGUUCCCCCCCGCGUACACGAUCGUCGGUGUGUACCGCCUGGCGCAUGACCCCAAGCUGUACCACUCGAUCUGGCGCGCGAGCCGCAGCGCGGUGACGCGCGCGUCGGUCAUGGCCUGUAUCUGGGUCGCGCUCUCGCUGCCCUUUCAGGGCAUCGUUGCGUCGUGGUUCGUCGGCGGUGUCGGCAGGGCCGUCGGUGCAGAAAGGACCUACGACAUGCUAGCGCACUAUGCACGUUCGAUGCACAUUCCCAUGCUCUCGUUCAACGCCCUCUCCAAGCUCCUGCUGAUCCUCAACCAGGUCGACUUUGUGUUUGAGAUGAACCUGAAGAAGCAGCUGCGCCAGUUCCGGCACACGGCGUACGCCGACACCGUCGCGUCGCGCGGCAAGCCCGCGUCGUGGUGGACGCCGUACACGGAAGAGUGGCAGCACCCGCCGCAGCCGAACCAGACGCUCUUUUCGCGCAAGGGGCUCGCGCACGCCGUCAAGCAGAACCUGCUGCAGUGGGCAGCCCGCAAGACGGUGCGCAUCCUCUUUAGCUCGGUGCCGCUCUUUGGCUUUGUGUUCUACUCGGCGUUUUCCGCGCUGCAGUACGCGCGCAUCACGCAUGUGCCCCUCUUUGAGGCCAAACACAUGUCCCCGGCGCAGGUCGACGUCUGGGUCGAGGAGCGGCGCACGUCGUACUGGCUCUUUGGGUUCAGCGCCCAGCUCCUCGAGCGCGUGCCGUUCCUCGGCAUGCUCUUUUCGAUUUCCAACCGAAUCGGCGCGGCGAUGUGGGCGCACGACCUCGAAAAGCGGCAGCAGCGCUUCCAGCGGGGCGAGCUGCAGCAGCUCCAGGCGCACGAGACGGGGGGGACCGCCGCGGCUCCCCAAGACGGCGCGCCGGGCUCGUACGGCCACCCCGCCCGCGCAGACGUCGCGCUGCCGGGCGACAUGCUUGCACCGCCGUCGGGCCUCUCGCACCGCCCAUUGCCCCCAGUUCCGCAUUAG